AUGCUACAACUAUGUAAAACCCUUAAAGUCCCUCGCAAAAAGCUGAAAGAUUUAACUAAUGUGUCAAAUCUACAGAAAAUGGAAAGAGCACAACACAGAGCUAAUGAAGAAGGUCUGGUAUUAUUGCAGAAAGAAGUAGAUAAAAUAGUAGAAACCAUAGAGUUAAUGACUGGGAAUAUUCAGAGCCUAAAGAACAAAAUUCAAGUUCAAAGUGAGGUGGAAGAAGAGGAGGGGAAUGUAAAACAGAUGUUUCAGAUAGAUAGUGGGAUACUCUGUCUUCCGGAACUUUCUCAGAAGAUUCUCAAAGCAGCCACACUUCAGAAAGAAAUUUUGACAUCAAUUUCAAACCAUAAAGCUCUUCUGAGAGACUUAGAUGUUCUCCAUAACUCAUCCCAGAUGAAGAAUAUGUUAACUUUCAUUGAAGAAGCCUAUAAGAGGCUGGAUGCCCUUUAAGAGUUUUUUAGUCUGCUCUGUAUUAAUUUAAAGUUUAUGAGAUUAUAAAACUUAGCCUAUGAUGAUACCGCUGAAGCUGAGGCUUCUCUGGGAUUUAUUUUCAACAUACACUUAACAUUAGCCUGUGUAGAUCUAUUAGCAUCUAAUGUAGUUCUAAACACUGUUUUUAAUUGUUGUCAAAUCUAGCAACUCACAUUUCUGAUGCUGUUUAUCCAGUGGUUUUCCUGAGCUACACUUUAAUGAUUUACAAUGGAUGAAUGGAGUUCUUUUAUUGAUUAGUGCAGAGGAACUGUGAUACUGUAAUGCAAUAUAUGUAAAGUGCAUAGAGUGCCUAGCACAUAAAAACACAAUUGUUCGCAAUCAUUAUUAUUUAGUUCAUAACUUGUAUUUUCUGUCUGUUCAUAUGAAACUUAAGAAAUCCCCAAAUGCUUUUAUUCUUUUACAUAACCCUUUAGACCUUUUGUGACAUAAUUAAUAUUUGCAAGGUAUCUUUAACUUUGGGAGUAGCAUGAACAUUUUAUUUCUUUGGUUGGAUUAUUGACAUGAUGAUGAAUAUUUUCCACUGUCAUCAAAGCAUAAUUUCAUUUAAGAGGAACCUAAACACAUUUAUUCCCUUAAAAAAAAAUCAAACAAAAAACCUCUUUCUGUAAACCUUUUCUCAUUGUAACAAUGUUAGGAAAUAGUUAGACAGUUAGGUAGUCUGGACCAAGGUCUCCAACAAGAAAACAUGGAAACAGCACAGCUAAGACAAAACGGUACAAACAUCCUAUUUUGCACUAGCAUUUUGUUUUGAAGCCUUUGUAGAAAUGACUUCUGCAAGAUGUUCUAAAAUGAAACAAAGCAUCUGUCACUAUCACGAACCAGGACAGUUAAGACAUAAGUCCCCAUAUGUUAGCCCAAAAAGGCCAUCAGCACAUAAACCUUAACCUAAUAGGUAGACAUAUGUGUGAUCAAAGCCCUGAUCAGCAUGCCUUAGAACACUAUGGUUGCUUAAGAUAGUUCUGCAAAAGUGCUCAUAAAAACCCCUAGACUUAGAAACUCCAAUG